GCCGGAUCAGGUAUUGAAACAUCAUGUCACUUCCGGCAAACUUGGAGUCGGCUAUUGCUGAUCUCCCACCAAAUGUGAGGGCUUAUGUGAAAGAGAAGGCUAUUUGGUGUCAGCCAGACAGUAUCCACAUUUGCGAUGGGUCGGAAGCAGAAAACAAGAAAUUUAUUGAAGAGUUGGAGAAAAGCGGUGCUAUUCAUCGACUGAAGGCCUAUGAUAACUGUUGGAUCGCUCGAACGGAUCCGGCUGACGUUGCACGUGUGGAGUCAAAGACAGUUAUUAGCACACCUGAUCAGCGUGCAACCGUGCCCAAGGUAAAGGAGGGCGUGAAGGGCACCCUAGGGAUCUGGAUGUCUCCUGAGGACCUCCAGAAGGCGUUCAAUGCGCGGUUCCCUGGCUGCAUGAAAGGACGAACAAUGUACGUGAUACCCUUCAGUAUGGGACCACUUGGUGGGCCGAUUUCCAAGAUCGGCAUCGAACUCACAGACUCACUGUACGUGGUUGUGAGUAUGCGCAUAAUGACCCGAAUGGGUACGCCCGUGUUGAAGCUGCUAAAACAAGAUGACAGUUAUUUCAUCAAAGCCCUCCAUUCGGUUGGUUUACCAAAGCCGGAAUCAAGACCUGUUAUCAACAACUGGCCUUGCAAUCCAGAGCUGACCUUGAUCUCGCACAUACCAGCCAAUAACGAAAUAUGCAGUUUCGGCAGUGGCUAUGGUGGCAAUUCCCUUUUGGGUAAAAAGUGCUUCGCUCUACGUCUUGGUUCGAUUUUGGCCAAUCGGGAAGGUUGGUUUGCUGAGCAUAUGUUGAUUCUGGGUCUGAAACCACCGAAUGGAAAGAUGCGCUACAUUACUGCAGCUUUUCCCAGUGCAUGCGGUAAGACAAAUUUGGCUAUGCUGCAACCCACGAUUCCUGGGUACACCGUCACCUGUGUCGGGGACGACAUUGCUUGGAUGAAAUUUGACAAAGAGGGACGUCUACGAGCCAUAAACCCAGAGGCUGGCUUUUUCGGUGUUGCGCCCGGUACUGCCAUGGAUACCAACCCGAAUGCCAUGCUCACCAUUCAAAAGAACUCCAUCUUCACAAACACCGCCGAGCUGAGUGAUGGACGAUUCUACUGGGAGGGGUUAGAAAACACGGUUGAUUUCACUAAAGUCAAAGUGACGGAUUGGACCGGCAAACAUUGGGAACCGGGCUGUGGUAGACCGGCUGCGCACCCCAACUCACGUUUUUGCACGCCAGCGUCUCAAUGUCCAAUCAUUGAUCCUGACUGGGAAAAACCUGAGGGUGUCCCUAUUGAUGCAAUUAUUUUUGGAGGAAGAAGACCAGAGGGCGUACCACUGAUUAUGGAAUCGUUCAACUGGCGUCACGGCGUAUUCUUGGGAGCUUGUAUGCGUUCUGAAGCCACUGCUGCCGCUGAACAUAAAGCCAAAGUUGUGAUGCACGAUCCAUUCGCUAUGCGUCCGUUCUUUGGCUACAACUUUGGAAAGUACCUCGAACAUUGGCUCAGUUUUGAAAACAAACCCGGCCUCAAAUUACCCAAGAUAUUCCACGUCAAUUGGUUCCGCAAGGAUUCCGAUGGCAAAUUCCUGUGGCCCGGGUUUGGCGAAAACUUACGUGUGCUUGAUUGGAUUCUUCGUCGAUGCGACGAUGCUGUUCCAGCGGUCGAGGGAAUCGGUGGACAGGUCCCGCGCGUGGAAGACAUAAAUUUAGAGGGAAUGAAGACAAAACCGGAUCUUAAAGCUUUGUUGAGUUUUCCACCAGACUUUUGGAAACGAGAGGUUGGGGAACUGAAACAGUAUUUCAAUGAACAAUUACCCGAAGAUUUUCCAGCGGCGAUGAAAGAGGAACUCAAAAAUCUCGAAGACCGCGCUUACAAGGCCUAGACAUCACAAUGUUGAGUUACCCCAUAAACUUAGAAUCAUCCGGUUACAAUUAUUGUACCUGAUUACAAUUUUUUUCGACUGUUAUUGCUACACAUCAUGUUUUGAUGUUGUAUUAGUAUUUGCCAUUUAGAAUGGGAUACACAAUCUUAUACCACCUUUCAACUUUUAAUAAGCUGAAUGGCCGUUUAACAGCCAUAGAAGUGGUGAAGAUCAUACCAAUUCGUCGCUGGUAGCGGACAAAUGACAAACCUGUAAUACCUUCCUCAUAGCAACAGGUGAUUGUGACUUUCCGGGCUGUGGUUGAACGUUGCGACAUCAUCUUUUUUUCAUCACACUGUGUACUGCACCAUCGUACAGCAUCGGAACUGUAGAUUUCAAAUAAAGGGAUAAAGAGCAA